AUGUCAACGCGUCUGCCAAUGAUAGCGCCUAGCUCAUCCACCCCUGCUUCUUCUGAGAUCGAAAACGCGAUGGAGGUUGACGAUGCCGAGAAUGAGCGGGUCGAGCGCGCGGAGGUGGAGCUAUUAGAAGCUACGGAGUCGCGUGGAGAGCGCGUGGAGGGCGAUGUUGCGCUUGUUGAGGACAAUCGUCUGUUCGAAGAGGCGGUAGAUAUGGAUAAGAUGGAUGCACGCGAAAUGCGGGGAGAGGAAUGCGAGUGA